UUUGAGACGGCGACAGGAUAACAGCUCCAACCUGACCCUUCAUAUUCAACACUGCUACCAGUCCAAGACAGGGAGAAGACAACAGCUCCAAGAAACAUCAAGACUAUUAGAAGACAACGGAUCAUUUUUCUCUACAACACUUACCCUGUACCUGUGUUCAGCCAAGAUGAAGAAGGGACACAACUUAAGAAACGAGUCCGUUGUACAUCAUGUGGAAUCUCCCACCAAAACAAUUGAGUUCCUCCAUGGAGAGAUCAAGGAAAUGGAAUUUGAGGGAAUGGAGCUAGCUCAGGAAAAUGCGGCACUGAAGUGCAUGAUGUCCACAAAUGAUGCUAGGUGGAAGAGGGACAAACAGGCCAUGCAGGAUCAGAUUGAUUCCGCCAAACAGGGGCAGGCCUUUGACUCUGGAAGAGCCAUGCAGACAGAGUUGGAGGACGAGCUCAAGGAGUUGAAGCUGGUGUUGAAGGACAAAGAAAAGUACAUCUAUAAAUUGAGUUCUCGUCCUAGAAACGAUCAGAUCGAGAGGGUGAAAAGGGAGCUGAGCGACAAGUGCAACCAGGUCAAGGCGAUGGAGCUUUCCUUUGACAAGAAGAUGAAGCACAUCAUCUCUGAAAAAGAUGCAGUGAAAAGUGAUCUAGAGUGGCAGCUGACUGCUCAAAACUCAGCUCUGGCCAAAGAGAAUACAGCUCUGAAGAAGCAGGCUGCCGAAAACAAUGCUGAACUCACCUUUGAGACCGACUCGGACAAGGCAUCGCCGUCUGCAGGGACGUGUCACAUCAUCUAA